AAGCGGAGAAUGAACUUAAAAAUCACUGGGUAUUUCUGCCUCUCAUACUCAUAGCUCUCAUAUCACUCUGCGCGUAUCAGUAAUCGUGUUUCUGCGGUGAUUCUGUGAAUACUUCACAACCGGUCCCAGUUCAAAGUUCAAUCAGUUCAAUAUAAAUAAUAUCAGACGUGUUUCGUUUAGAUUCUCAACAGAUUUUGUAAGUCAGAAUUUUUCCAUACUAAUCAUCUACCAGCCUAUUCAACAUGAGUUCCAGAAUAUUCCGAGCGGUUAUUAUGGGUGCCCCAGGUUCAGGUAAGGGGACCAUAUCUGCAAGGAUCAUCAAAACGCAAAACAUGAAGCACAUAUCCAGUGGUGAUAUCCUACGUAGCAAUAUCGAACAAAAAACCGAACUAGGCAAUAUCGCUGAUGGCUACAUCAAAAAUGGCAAGCUAGUCCCAGACAUCUAUAUAACUAAAUGCAUAUUGGGAGAACUCGAUAAGAUUCAGUCAUCUUCGUGGUUAUUAGAUGGCUUUCCUCGUACAACUGAACAAGCGGCUGAUCUGUGGAAUGUGGCGCCUAUAGACACGGUUAUCAAUUUGAAUGUCCCUUUUGAAGUCAUCAUCGAUCGCCUGCGCAGCCGAUGGGUGCAUCUGCCAAGUGGGCGAGUGUACAAUAUUGGCUUUAACGAUCCCAAGGUACCUGGGAAGGACGACGAAACAGGAGAACCGCUGAGUCAAAGACCGGACGAUAAUCCAGUUGCUGUUAGAAAAAGACUCGAAGUGUAUGAUGCCUGCACGAAACCGGUCAAUGACUUUUUCCGGAAGAAGGGAGUUCUGGAAACGUUUUCCGGUUCUACUACCGACGAAAUAUGGCCCAACGUGCACAAAUUCCUUCAAAACAAAUUGAAGUAAGACUUGUAUAGAUAACGUAGUACGACAAUAACGAUAAAGACGUGAAGUAUAAUUUGAUAGCGUAAAUGAUAAGAAGAGAGUAAUGGGAUAAGUACGUGAUACUUAGGCACAAUUUAGUACCGAUUACCGGGAAAUUUUCAGGUGUAGGAAUUAUACUUAAAAUAUAUAGGAAUUUUUAUCCAUAAAAGUUGCCACUUCAAACGUCGUUUCGAAAUGUUCUAUCUUAAAUUCUCAACCAUUUUUCCAGCCUUUCCUCGAACUAGUUUUAAACGCUAUUUUAAACGCUGAACGAAAGCAAGUAAAUCUACGUUAACUAUACGGAUGGGUAGACCAAUAACAGAAAACUGUAUACUACAGCUAAAUCUACUUACCUACAUAUGUAUAAGAAUUAGUACAGCUCGGGUUUGAUCAAAGCAAAACAUAAUUACUUAAAUUUCACUUAAAUUAACUGCAUAUUUGCACUUCAUUUUACUCCACUAAACGAGAGACGAUUCUGACAAUCCACUAUUCUUUACAUUUACCGUUCAGUUGAUGUAUGUUAAAUAAAUUUUAAAGUCUGUA